AUGGCGCAUCCUACAGCCUGGUCGAAUCAUAUGCCAUCCCCAACGCCGUGUACAACCACUACGAACACCCAAUCUUACACUAGCAGCAUCGGGCCUGGACCGACUGGCGUCAACGAAACGCCUCAUUUUUCUUACGAUGAGCUGUGGGAUAUUCAUAACAACUUCCUCAAGGCAUUCACAUACCCAAACAAUGUCGAGCAAGCCAAGACAAUCAAUUCAACGUUACUGGCACCUAAUGUCAUCGGUAGAGUUGAUGUGACCCGAGUCUUCCUCGGGCAAGAACUCAAUACAGAGUAUCUAUUCGGGCUCUUCACGGGCAACACCCUGAAUGCCGGUGCAGCAACAUUGCUCGGCAUACCAUUGGAAUACAAUGUCAUCCACUUCGCAGCUACCGACUACGUGGUAUCCUCCGCCACGGUGCACAAUUUCAAUUUCUCCAGCAUCAUCUUACCCGUCGAAAUCGUUGGCUUCUUCACGUACGACUCCAACAAGCAGAUUUCGCAGUACGAUGUCACAUUCAGGCGCUUCGAUCAAAUCGUCGACAUCCUGGUGGCGAAUGUGGCGCAGCAAAUUCAUGUGAAUACCAGUGCACAAGCCGUGUCAUUCUUGACCAAUGCUCUAGCAUCGACCAUCUGUAACACCGAAGUCCAAUACUGUAACGGCAGUAACCAACAAUACAGCGAUUUCCAGUCUUGCUUCGCCUUCCUCACACAAGACAUACGGUUUGGUACCGCUUACGAGCUUGGCAGAAAUACUCUUCUGUGCCGCAAUAUACAUCAAUACAUGGUCCCUUUACGACCCAGCACUCACUGCCCACACAUUGGACCAUCUGGUGGCGGAUACUGCAGCGAUGAUCAGACAUAUCCACAAAUUGUCCAGCAACCACUUUUCACAAAUGCACCUUUUGUGCCUGAGGGCAAGCAGAAUGCUAAUGCUACUAUUGCGGCGUGGUAG